AUGGCUUUAGUUGAUGCAGUACUACAUUAUAGGUUCCUUCUGUUCUCUCAUUUAACUAUGCUACUGUUACUUAUCUUAACUAGCAAAGGAAAUGGAGACAGUGAUGAUUGUCCAGACUCAUUUGAUUGUGGAGAUCUUGGGCUUCUUUGCUCUCCUUUUACCAAGUUAACCAAAGGAGGAAAACUCUUUCAAGUUACAAACAUUGAUUAUGACUCAUCCAAAGGAAACACUAUUUCCAUUAUCGACCAGAGUUUUAUCAAGCUUUUGAGGACAAAUGCUUGUGAAGUCUUUAUUAGAGGGCUUUGCACUUUUGGAAAUCCAUUUCCAUUCUUAGUUCGUGAAAUUACCUUUCAAUUUCAACUCUCUGAUGAGUGUGAACGGUGUCACCGUGAUAAGAAAGGUCAUUGUAAUGCUCGCAACAACGGACAAAUUUAUUGUUCAAGGAAGCAUAGAAGUUCAUCUUGGAAGCUACCAUUGGUUUUAGGAGUCGGUGUAGGACCAUGGAUCGUAGUUGGAUUGUUCCUCACGCUACGGUACUUCAAACGGAAAUAUGACUCUCCACACAUCCAACUCCAACCAAGCAACAACGCUUAUAGCUUCAACAAACUCUUCUUUGGCACUGUUUACUACGGGAAACUGAAAGAUGGAAGGGAGGCAGCUGUGAAAAGAUUGUUUGAGCACAAUAACAGGAGAGUAGAACAGUUUGUGAAUGAAAUUGAAUUACUCGCUCGCUUGUGCCAUAGGAACCUGGUGUCCCUGUAUGGCUGCACUUCGCGUCAUAGCCGUGAGCUACUCCUUGUAUAUGAAUACAUUCCUAAUGGAACUGUUGCUAGCCAUCUCCAUGGUGAUUUAGCUAGAGCUGGUUUGUUGACAUGGCCUAUUCGAAUGCAAAUUGCAAUAGAAACUGCUUCUGCAUUGGCUUAUCUACAUGCUUCCGACAUCAUUCAUCGUGAAGUCAAAACCAACAACAUUCUACUUGACGUUAACUUUUCUGUUAAGCUAGCAGAUUUUGGAUUAUCGAGGAUGUUCUCGAACAAUGUCAGCCAUGUUUCCACAGCUCCACAAGGAAGUCCGGGUUACCUUGACCCUGAAUAUUUCCAACUCUACAAGCUCUCAGUGAAGAGUAAUGUUUAUAGUUUUGGCGUUGUGCUCAUCGAGCUAAUAUCUUCUAUGACAGCAAUUGAUUCUGCUAGAGAAAAAGAGGAAAUUAAUUUGGCGAAUCUAGCGGCUAAGAAGAUAAGAAAAGGUGCAAUUGGAGAGCUGGAUGACACGUCAUUUGGUUUUGAAUCAGAUAGUGAAGUAAAAAGGAUGGUAAGUUCAGUGGCUGAAUUGGCUUUUCAGUGUGUGCUAGGAAACAUGGAGUUAAGACCUUCCAUGGAUCAAGUUCUGCAAGAACUCAAUAAAAUCAAUGGUGGGAGUUUUGAGUUUGAUCAUCUAGAGAAAAUACACAAUUGUGUCGGGUCCUCGCGCUCGGGAGAACUACAUCCAUCAUUAGAUGAAACUUCUAUGAGUAAAAAGCAAGUAUUAUCUUCACCAAAGUCAUUGACUGAGAAAUGGGAAAGUGAAUCUACUACUGCCAGUGGUUAA